CGUUGCCGUAGCCCAGUGCGGGCCCUCCGCCGCUGCUGCCCCUCCCCGGGAGCCCACCAUGAGCCAGCGCCAGAACCAGCGCCGCGGCGGCCCCCGGGCCGACAUGGCGCCCGAGAUCGCCGCCGCCGUGGGCUUCGUCUCCAGCUUGUUGCGGACGCGGGGCUGCGUCAGCGAGCAGCAGCUGCAGGUCUUCAGCGGGGCGCUGCGGGAGGCGCUCGCAGAGCACUACAAACAUCACUGGUUUCCCGAGAAACCCUUCAAAGGCUCUGGGUACCGCUGCAUCCGGAUCAAUCACAAAAUGGACCCCAUUAUCAGCAAGGCAGCUAGCCAGAUCGGACUCAGCCUCCCCCAGCUCUACCAGCUCCUGCCCAGCGAGCUCACCCUCUGGGUGGACCCCUACGAGGUCUCGUACCGCAUCGGUGAGGACGGCUCCAUCUGUGUCUUGUACGAAGCGACGGCAACGAAACCCGGGAGCUCCUACGGGAUGCUCACCUGUAAGAACCAGCUGAUGUUAGGUCGCACCAGUCCUUCCAAAAACUACAUCAUGACUGUCUCCAGCUAAAUACUCCUCUUGUCCUUACACUGCCAAGACACAGGCUACUGUAUACCUCACCUGAGGAUCUAUUUUUAAGAUGAAGAGCUAUUUAUAUUUUUUAAAAAAAUCCAAGAAAAUCCAAAAUUAAAAUAUUGAGCACUGCUUUGAACAGAAGCAGUGUUCUAGGUGCCUUUUUUAAAGCUGUUGCAAGCUUAUGAGUUUUUAUUAUGAAGCCGAUAUCUACCUAAUUAGUGUUGGAUGGCAAUUUUGGGCUGGCUUGCUCACUUGGGCAGCUUGGAAUGGAGGAAGGGGAGGGGGUGUUGGGGGGGGGAGAAGCCAGGCUGGGAAGUGUGGCUUGGUGGUGGGAGAUGUCUGUGUCACCUUCUCGCUGUCCUGGUACCCAGCAGUAUUGCUGGAUGGUCAUAUUGUUGGAGAAGGGACGGAGUUGGUAUCUUUCCUCCACUAACUUCUGCACUCCCCAGCUGGUCUGAUCUCUCUGGGGCCUGGAUAUAUUGUUUGGGGGAACCUUGCCUCAGGGCUGGGGGAUGUUGGGGACCCUGGAAUCCCUCUCUUUGCUCUUGCACAUCUCUUCUGGACCCACUUAAUGACCUGAGUCUUGCAGCUCUGCUCUGCCCCACUCCCAGCACAAAGUGAGGGGGAGCAGGGCCUGUUUCCACCUCCUCCAUCUUUCCUGUCUGAAAAAAGGCCCAUGUGGAUAUUGGUGUCUCCUGUGAAGUGGAGCAAGGCAGAGCUGUGCUGGGGGGUCAGGCCGUGCAGAGAAGGUCCCCAAGAUGGAUAUUGUAGCUACUGUGGUGGCACUGGAGUACUGGUUGUUCCUGGUGCUCCCCAGUACCUGGCUAUCACCCACCACUUCCUGCAUGCUGAGAAGGGGACUCCAGACCCUCAAACCAGCACUCAACAGCUGUGAAUUACAAAGCCUUUCUGCUGGGUGUGACUUAAAACAUCAGCCCACGACCUUCGGUGCUCCCAGGGUGGGAGUCUGGCCUCUUGCUUGUAAAAGUUGCCUAAUCUGAUGCUGACGACUUGCCGUGUCACUUCCCCAGAAGAGCUGAAGCAACUCGCCUUACGCCCUAGAGGUUGGUGUGUGAGAACCCCCUUUGCCCUUCCUGUCUUUUAAUCAGAAGUAUUGGGGGGGCUCUUUCCCUCCCCCAUGUGUGUGGGAUGCUCAGAUGCUUUGGUGUCCUUACACCGCUUUUAAAGUCUCAGCACUUCUCCCCUUGCUUCCUCUGGGGGAUCAGCACAUGGUUGUCCCUGGGAGCUGUCUCCACUGAGACCUUGGUGAGGGGCAUCCUCUGGUUCUCAUCUCUUGGUACAUAACUGUUUUGCACAAUGGAUGCCUGGUCCUCUGCUCUGUCUGUCCAAGCAAAACUCCUCUUACAGUCCCAGUGGUGCUGCUGUUCAGGGAGACUUUGCCCAAGUGUUCAGGAUUUGGCCCUUAAACUGCUCUGGGGAACUACAGAUGGGGUGGGAACUCAAAGUGCUGCCCCAGGAACUUUACCUACCUGUUGGGAAUGAGCCUUUAUCAGGAUGUUGUAUGUCCAUUGCCUUUUUCCUAACCAGCUGGUGCUCUUCUGGUCAUCCUGGGAGAAGUGAUUGAAAAAGCAGGGCAUUGACAUAGUUGUUGGUAAUGAGACUUUCCCAGAUUUCUCUCAGCACACUUGUGUUUUUUUUUAACUUUCCUGUUUUCUGACCUGACAGUUGACUGGUGAAACCAGAGUUGUUCUUGCCCAGCCUUUGAUGAAUCAAGUUCUCAGACAUUUGUGCAAUAUAUUUCCAAAUCUUGGGCGCUCUGGGAGAGGAAGGUUGCCUCCCAAUUGCCACAGUUCUUAGCUAUUUUUUUAAUAUAUUUUAAAAAAAUUAAAUUGCAGCUCCCAACUCUGACUUCUGAUGUGGAAAAGUAAGUUUGGAUUUCUGUUAAGCUUCAAAUCAUGAAUUCCAGAACUGGGAAACCAGCCUCAAUUCUCAGAUCCUUUUGAGUGAGUUGUCCUUGAACGGUAAUAGCAGCCUGUGGCUCUGGGGUUGCAUCACUUCCCUCUGCACCACUUGAGUUUCUCAUGUCAGCAAAGCAGAAGCUGAAAUGAAGCACUGGGGCUUUUCCCUUGGUGAACUUGUGCAAUAGGUGACCUCACCAAGAGGGGAGUGCUUGGGAACUUCCAAAAAGCAAAUUCCCUUUUCCAGGAAAAGGGAUCUCAGUGUUGGUUGUUUUUUUUUUUUUUUUAAGUCCUCACUUAACCUGCUUAUGUGGAAAGCCCUUGAGGAGAACUGCAUCCAGCAAAGCAAACACUGCUCCUCCUGGACUCCUUGGCUGGAUGUGGAGUUUCCUGAAGGCUGGUACUUCCUUGGGUUGUAAUUUAUCAUGAUCAAAGCAGUCUUAAGAUUUAACCCCCUCCUUUUACUCUCUUCCCUCCCUCUUACCAGAAAAGUUUUUCAGGACAACAGCCCACACCAAAGGAAUACACUAGAAUUGCUUUUAACAUGCCCCCACUUCAGAACCAAAAUAGCCAAGUCUCAUUCUUUUUGUCCCCAGUGUGGAGGAGUCUGAUGUUAAAGGUGUCUUUUUUUUUUUUUUAGCUUCAAAACCAACUGAGCUUGGGUAUAAUCCAUUUCUUUCUUGUAGCUGGUUUCAUGUAAAAGCUGUGAAUUAGUGUGAUCUGUUGCCUUCUGCCUACAAGCCUGAAACUCAACUGCAGAGCUGAAUGGUGUGUAUUUUAAGACAGUGUAUUUGAGGGGUUUCCUGUCAUUUAUUUUGUUUUUUUUAACGAGCUGGACUGUUGAACGGGACCUGCUUUUUGUAUUUGGUGAAAAUGGUAGAAAGUUUGUAAGCUACACUUGGAGGAGGGAGUGGAUGGUUACUAAUUGUAUAGUAGUGUUUUUAUAUACAGAAUGUACAGAUCCUUUGACAGACGUUCGCUUUUGUUACUUUAAUAAAAAUGUAGCAGUAUAAAU